ACUAAUUUAAGAAAAAUGGUGCAUAUGCACGGUCACCUUAUAAUCUCUCCCCUAAAGCUACUUGCUUGUCAGAAGCGCCAAGGGAUUCAGAAUCAGAAAGUAUGCCUUGAUCCAACGGUUGCUGAAUGGUCAUCAACUCGGAAACGAGAUGUAUAUGUCUAAAACUCAUCGCAUGGUAACAUUCGUUCCAAUACGGAAAAAUACUAAUACGGUCACAUAUUCACAUCCAUUUCCAUUUCUAGGGUUUUGCCAGGGUACAGACAUCUGAAAAAAAUUAAUGGAAAACUCGGAUUAUAAUCACUGAAGAUGGAAAAUCCAGAUUUAAAAACCACCGCAUCCCCACCACCGCAACGAGAACCAGAACGUAAAAAGCCUAAAAUGUCCACCACCACUUCCGACGAUGAAGAAACUGUUACGACCGCCCCUGGCGAUACCACGACCAUCAAAAAGCAAAGAUACAAGCGCCGCAAAAUCGCAAUCUUCUUCGCUUACUGCGGCGUGGGCUACCAGGGAAUGCAGAAGAACCCUGGCGCCAAAACCAUCGAAGGUGAUCUCGAAGAAGCUCUAUUUCACUCUGGUGCCGUCCCGGAACAAGACCGGGGCAACCCCAAGCGGUAUGACUGGGCUCGCUCGGCUCGUACUGAUAAGGGCGUGAGCGCCGUGGGACAGGUGGUCUCCGGCCGCUUCUACAUCGACCCACCUGGGCUGGUUGAACGCUUAAAUUCGAAUCUUGCGUCACAGAUUAGAAUCUUCGGUUACAAGCGAGUGACGGCGUCGUUUAAUGCCAAGAAGUUUUGUGAUCGUAGGAGGUAUGUGUAUCUGAUUCCUGUUUUUGCUCUUGAUCCAUGUUCGCAUCCUGAUAGGGAGAGUGUGUUGGCUAGUUUGGGGUCUGAUAAUGAGCUUGUUAAGUGCUUAGAGUGUUCAGAGAGAGGGCGUAAGGUUGUUGGCGCAGUGGGUAAACGAAGUUUUGAAUUAAAAUCUGUGGUUUCUCAAACAGACAUUUCAUCGAAUGGUGAUGACCGUGUUGUGAAACCUGAAAUUAUGGACGAUAUUAGUAUGUCUACGGAUAAUGCUGAUUGUGAUAAUACAAACGCUGAAUUCUUAAAAGAAGCUAAGGUCCCUGGAAAUGUGGAUGCUGAAACACGGUGUCCAAUACCUGAAUCUGGCAUUUUGUCGAAUGAUUUAGAUGCUAAAACGGAGCCUGAUAGUAAAGAAGAGAUUAUGGAGUCUGUGGACAAUAACAAUAAUGGGAAUACAGAAACGGAAAUUAUUGAAAAGGAUCAGAAGGUUAUUGUCAGUGAAGAGAAAGUUAACGGAGACAAGCAAGUUAUGAUAGGAAGUGGGUUUUGUUAUGGACAGAAUGAGAAGGAGAGAUUCAAUCGAAUAUUGAAGUAUUAUGUGGGGAGUCACAACUUUCAUAAUUUUACCACAAGAACUAAGGCUGAAGACCCUUCUGCUCGGCGGUACAUUAUUUCCUUCGAUGCAAAGACCACGGUUACUGUUGAAGGCAUUGAAUUCGUCAAGUGUGAAGUUGUAGGGCAGAGUUUCAUGCUUCAUCAGAUACGGAAAAUGAUUGGUCUUGCUGUGGCAGUUGUGAGGAAUUGUGCCCCUGAUUCACUGAUAUCAACUGCUCUACAAAAAGAUGUGAACAUUAAUGUGCCUACGGCUCCUGAGGUUGGGUUAUACUUGGAUGAGUGCCUAUUCGCAUCAUAUAACCAGAAAUGGAAAGACAGCCAUGAAGAAAUCUCAAUGAAAGAUUAUGAAGAAAUGGCAGAGGACUUCAAAAUGAAGCAUAUAUACUCUCAUAUUGCGUCAACAGAACAUAAGGAAGGAGCAGUGGCCCUGUGGUUGCAUUCUUUGAACCACAGAAACUACCCUGAUCUCCGUGUUAGCAACUAUGGAGAUACCAAUGGUGAGAUGGAGAACUUGGCUAAGGAAAUGUAAAACACUUUAUCUCUUGUCUUAGUGCUAUUAAUAUGGUCUUUGAGCUGAUUAUUCACCUACAUAAACUUUUUACUUGCUUUGGACUACAUUGAAAACAUUUAAUUAGUUUUUGGUUAAUUUUUUCAUGCUUACAA